UCUGCUUCUAUGGCAGAAUCCUCUGAUGACUCUUCUCCUUUGGGGAAUCCUUCUGAUGACUCCUCAAGUUCCUACUAUCUGCAUCCAUCUGAUAAUCCUGGAGCUCUUCUUGUAUCUGAAAUUUUUUCUGGUGACAACUAUGUAGCUUGGAGUCGAUCCAUCACAAUUGCUCUCACAGUCAAGAACAAAGUUGCCUUCAUCGAUGGGAGUUUGCCUCAACCUAACCCUGCAAAUGUUCGACUCAAGACUGCUUGGUUACGGGCAAACAAUCUUGUGCUUUCUUGGCUAAUGAAUUCCAUUGCAAAGGAGAUUCGAGGACCUCAGCAAAUGGAGGAUGAUUGGGCUUGCUGAAGUCAGAAAUGGUCUAUACCACCUAAUCAAUUUUUCUGCUGCUACAAAGAAGGAAAUUCCUGAUUCAAACAAAUCUUUUUUGGCUAACACAUCUACUAUUAGUCAUGACAUAUGGCACUUCCGUUUGGGACAUUUAUCUUCUGCCAAACUAAAACUCAUUAGUUCCAUUGAUUCUUCUGUAAAGACAUCUCAUAAUCCUGUUUGUGAGAUUUGUCCUCUAGCUAGGCAAAAGAAACUAUCUUUUCCUG